ACGCAUAUAUUGUUACACACAAUAUAUAUACAUAUAUAUGUCAACACACAAAGCAACUCUAUAUCAUAUCUCUCUGCCAUUGACUACAUCAACCCAUUUCUCCCAGGAAGAUCAAGCAAGAAAAAAACAGCAGUCAACCAUGUGUCCGAUGAGGGUAUUCUUGGUGUUUUUCUCCGCGAUAUUGGCCGGUUACCUCACCUGGAAAUCGGCACAAACUUCUGUCGAUAUCGAAGACAUGGUUUCCAGCGACGAUUUAUCUCCAAACCAACAACAAUCUAGCAUCAUCAAGAUGGGCCAAAAUGCUUUAUAUGGAUUUGUUGACAUGGCGAGUGGAAAGUAUUUGUGGAGGAACCUCAGACAGAUGACUGCAGAUGGCAAGACCAAGAGUAAUUAGAAUAAUUGUUUUCUUCAUAAUUUAAUUUAUUUAAUAAGCUCACUGUAUCCAAAAUUUUCUAUUUACACAUUCAUAUAUAGUUGUAUUUUAUACCAAUAAACCUUAACAUUCAAGAUUAUUGAUUAGUCACGUA